UCUGAGGGAGGCAGGACAGAGACUUUGGACACCAGGCUGCAGAAACAGACUGGAGUUUGGACUGAGCUGAAUCAGCGGAGGGAAGUUUACAGGAAGCUGAAGCUUUUGGAUGGACGCAGCACCGCUGAAACCAACCAAACAACCGCAUAAGAGAAACUCGAGACUUUGUAGCAAUUCCGACACUUUUCAGCGCAUGUUUCCUAAAAUGGGGAAGUGAAACGAGGCGAUCCGGUCAGCUUGGGUCUCAUCUGUGGAUACUCACCACUUUGAGCACCUGCCAAGUUAGAGAAAACUUUAUUUUUGGAAGUAACUUUGAACCUCUGCGCUGCUGCGAUGCGCUAAUGGAGCCCGCUGAUGUUCCCCACAUGUUUUUUCUCAUCACGAAGCUCUUUUUGAGACGUCAUCUGUUUUCCACAGAAACGAUGAACUUGUCUAAACGGUCAUUUGUGAUUCUCACCGUCAUGUUUUCGGCGUGGACGCCAGGAUCCGCCGACGUGCUCACAGACUUGGAGUUUGUUCAGAGUCCUUCUACCGUCGUCUCCUCGCUCGGCAAACCCGUCACACUGCAGUGCAAAGUGAACGGUGUCGGAGGCGAGGACGUGGAUUCCCCCGAUGUGACCUGGCUGAGAGAUGGUGUGUCGCUCGAGUAUGCAGACACUAAUCAAUACCAAGUCCUCACUGGCAUCAACAGCAGGACGAUCAUAAGCACGCUCAGAAUCGAGAAGGUGCAGCUCCCUGACAUGGGCUCCUACAAAUGUGCUGUUCAGUCGGGAGGCAGUGAGACCUUUUCUGAUGAGGGGGGUAUUCAGCUGGAAGGCCUUCCUCAUUUCUCUGUGGAGCCCCACCACAUGACUGCGGUGGCGAACGUCUCCUUGAGCCUGCACUGUGUGGCCCACGGUCCUCCAGAACCGGUCAAGGUCAUCUGGCUGCAGGAUGGCCAUCCUCUGAACUCUCUGACAGACGCCGUGGCCCUUUCACCCUCAACCCUCAACCUCACAGGUCUGAACAGGACCAGCACCUUCUCCUGUGAGGCCCAAAACCGCAAGGGCGUGACCACCUCCCGAUCCGGGACCAUCACUGUCCUCCCAGCUGCACCUCAGAAUGUGAGAGCUGCUCAGAUCACUCAGACUGCCCUUCAUGUAUCGUGGCAGCCUGGCUUUGGAGGAGACUACCAGAUAAUCGACUGCUCUGUGCAGGCCAAACAUCCAGGAGAAUCCUUCACAGCAGGCCCUCGCAGGCUGAUCCAUAAUCAGACUGUGUCCAUGCCACCAUCCUCACACAUCAUCCAGGACCUGGAGCCUCACACCCUCUAUGCUGUCAGGGUGGCAUGUCAGAGCAGCCAAGGCCCAUCUGCCUGGUCUCCCUGGGUGGAGCUACGUACCAAAGAAGGAGUGCCUGAAAAUCCACCUGCUAAUGUGACCGCUGCGCUAAAUGCAACAGAGGUGCUGGUAAUGUGGGCGGAGCCACCGGGAAGGCUGAAUGGACAGUUACAGGGUUACAUGGUGGAGUACAGCACACCUGUUACACAGCAGAUCACACUGAAUGCAGGACUGAGCACCGAGCUGUCCAUCAAUCUGUCCGCUCCCCUGUCAAACGUCUCCUUCCGGGUGUGCGCCUACACGGGGGCGGGUCGAGGACCCUGGACGCCUGUUCAGACUCUGACACUCAAUUCACCCGAAAUGGGUGAAAUCAGAGGUCCAUCGUCGCCCCCGGCCUUUUCCUGGCACUGGUUUUAUGUGGUGAUGGCUGUUACCGGUGCUGUGUCCAUAGCUGUGUUCCUGGCUGUUUACGUGGCCAAGCUGCGGCGCAAGGAGACGCGCUUCGGGGAGGCGUUUGAACCCAUGAUGGAGAGCGGAGAGCUGGUGGUCAGGUACCGCGCUCGGCGCUCCUACAGCCGCAGGACCACCGAAGCGACUCUGAACAGCCUGGGCAUCAGUGACGAGCUGAAGCAGAAGCUCCAGGAUGUGAUGGUGGACAGACAUAAAUUAACCCUGGGAAAGACGCUGGGAGAAGGGGAGUUUGGCUCUGUGAUGGAAGGGCUGCUGACUCAGGAGGAGUCUGCUCUCAAAGUCGCUGUCAAGACUAUGAAAAUUGCCAUAUGUACGCGCUCAGAGAUGGAGGAUUUCCUCCGGGAGGCAGCCUGCAUGAAGGAGUUUGACCAUCCCAACGUCAUGAGGCUCCUCGGUGUGUGUCUCCAGACUGUGGAGAGUGAAGGUUACCCCUCCCCUGUGGUCAUCCUGCCGUAUAUGAAGCAUGGAGACCUGCACAGCUAUCUGCUGUACUCACGGCUGGGAGACUGUCCUGUGUACCUCCCAUCUCAAAUGCUGGUCAAGUUCAUGACAGACAUUGCCCGAGGAAUGGAGUACCUCAGCAGCAAGAACUUCAUCCACAGAGACCUCGCUGCACGCAACUGCAUGUUGAAUGAGAACAUGAACGUGUGUGUGGCCGACUUUGGCCUCUCCAAGAAGAUCUACAAUGGAGACUACUACAGACAGGGCAGGAUCUCCAAGAUGCCCGUGAAAUGGAUCGCCAUCGAAAGCUUAGCCGACCGCGUCUACACCACAAAGAGCGAUGUGUGGUCCUUUGGAGUCACCAUGUGGGAAAUCGCCACUCGGGGCCAGACGCCGUACCCCGGGGUCGAAAACAGUGAAAUUUAUGAUUAUUUGAGACAAGGAAACCGUCUCAAACAGCCUCCGGACUGCCUGGACAGCAUCUACUCUUUGAUGUUCUCCUGCUGGCUGCUGAGCCCGAAGGAUCGGCCCUCGUUUGAGUCGCUGCGCUGCGAGCUCGAAAAGGCCCUGGAGGAUCUACCGGACCCACAGGACCCGGACGAGAUUCUGUACGUGAACAUGGACGAGUCCUCCAUGGAGCUCGGGGCCGUCGGAGGUCGUGACCCCACCGGACGUUCGUCCCCUCUCUGCCUGAAAGGCCUGGACUCUGUGACCACAGUGGAGGUCCACCACCCCACCCGCUACGUCCUCUGUCCGCAGCACGAAACCAACCGAACCCUUUCCGACUCCCUGGAGAGCCUCGACAUGCCGGUGUCAUCCUCCACAGCCACUUUGCCUCUACAGCCAUCCUGCCGCUCCACCCCCAGUCGCACCCCGACUGUCGAGCUGCUGGAGGACAGGAACGGAUCCAGGAAGAUGCCCUGGCAGUGACAGACGCAGGCAGGCCACUGCCACAGCGUGCCAUCCCAGUCCCAGUAAAAGAACAAAAUCCAGCCUGCUGCUGACGCAGUCAGCUCUCAGAAACCUCAUGCACCUCUCUUUACAUGCUUUACAUGGAUAAACUCACACACAAGCAGCCAAAUGCAUUCCAAGGACUGAGAUUAGUUCUUAUUCAACCUCGUUAUUCAUACGCUGGCCUUGUCUUAUGAAGUUUGAUUACAACAUCCAGACCCAGAGCACAGGUGAGUGCUGCAGCAGCUGGGUGCACCCUUUCAAUAAGAGACUGUGAGAACAGGCUCAGGUUACACACCUGCAGCACAAUCACAAUUCACUUUAGCAGGAACCGUUUCUGCUCUGUCUGAAUGCAGGAGAAAGAUUAAGCUAAAAAAUGAAACCUCUUUGCUCCGACUCACAAGCUGGAACUUAACAGUGAGUGAGGACUAGUACGGAGGACCUGCUCCCCCCAUUCAUGACCAACAGAAGCUGCAGAGUCUGAAUGAUGAAAAACAGGUUGCUGUAACACGUUCCCCUCCAGGGCUUCACUGUGAGUCCAGCACACUGACACAGCUCUCACUGCCAGCUGUUACAUGUGCAGGUCCUGAUGCACAUAAUGUGUUUGUAUAACUCAGGAAUCUGAGCAUUUUCCUACAGGGACAGACGUCAAAUCAAGAGGGUGCAGAGGAUUCCAGGUAUGGACGGGCUGAGGGUGGGAAAUGAAGAGCGACCCAUCAGCUGAUGGGAGAAACUCCUCACCUUUACUUUUUUGUUAAGCACAGUGUUAUUACACGUUUUUAUGCUGAUUUUUGUAUUUCUACAACUUGCACUAAUGUUUUUGUAUCUCUGUGUUUAUAAUUUGUACGUUUUUAUUGGGUUUUUGUAUUUCAGUCAGUACGUGUGUUCAUGCCACAGCUCGCAUGUUCUCAGCAGCUGGAAACAAACUCGUCACAUCUGUAAGUGUUGAUGAGGAGACAUCAGUGAGCUCAUCGUGUGACAGCUUCCUGCCUCUGUAACCGUGUGUGUGUGUGUGUGUGUGUGUGUUAGCAGCAGGAUGAUAAAAACAGUCAGUGAGGUGCUGCGUUUCUCAGCUGUACACAUCAGUGGUACAUAAAAUGAAAUGGUACUUUAUACUCGUCAUGUCCUGUAAUACCUGUGCUAUUACACAGGUCCCACUUUGUUCCUGCACCAUGAACACGGUGCUGAGACUGAGGUACUGCUGUCACAUGAUCUCAGAUGGUCUCAGAUGGUCUCCUGGUUUAUGAAUGUGUGUUUGGAGAGUGAAUUCCAUUCAAAGCCUUAAAUCUCAUCAUUUCACUGAGUGCCUUCACAGUAACGUGUUUCCUGCUGUGUGUUUUUAUUGGGAGGAAAAUGAACCAUAACUGCCUUUAUGAUGUCACUGCAGUGAUUUGUA